AUGGCUUUAUAUAAUUUUAAGCGUAUUCAGCCGGUCCCCUCAGCUAAUGAUUUUCUCGAUAUAGUUCUUUCAAAAACUCAAAGGAAAACUCCAACAGUAAUUCACAAGCAGUACAAAAUCACUCGUAUAAGACAAUUCUACAUGCGUAAGGUUAAAUUUACUCAAGAAAGCUUUGAGGAAAAGUUGAAAAAUAUGUUGGAAGAAUUUCCUAAACUUGAUGAUAUUCAUCCUUUCUAUUCAGAUUUGAUGAAUGUAUUAUAUGAUAAAGAUCAUUAUAAAUUAGCAUUAGGACAAAUAAAUACUGCUCGUCAUCUAAUCGACCAAGUUGCAAAAGAAUAUACUCGUUUAUUAAAAUUCGGUGAUUCUCUUUACAGAUGUAAACAAUUAAAAAAGGCUGCACUUGGAAGAAUGGCUACCAUAAUGAAACGUCAAAAAGAUAGCUUAGCGUAUCUUGAACAAGUUAGACAACAUCUUGCACGCCUUCCUUCAAUAGAUCCAAAUACUCGAACUCUAUUGAUUUGCGGUUAUCCAAAUGUUGGAAAAUCUAGUUUCAUAAAUAAAGUAACAAGAGCAGAUGUUGAUGUCCAACCUUAUGCCUUUACAACAAAAUCUUUAUUUGUUGGGCAUAUGGACUAUAAAUAUCUUAGAUGGCAGAUUAGCGAGAAAGACGGUGUACAAAUUGUACAAUUAAGUUGUCAUACUGAUGAAGGUUUAAUGGACGCCUGCGAUAAAUUAUUGGCAGCUCGUGUUGAAUAUAAAUUGAAAGGAUCAAAAAUUAAUGAUGUUCUUAACAAAAUUCAUCUUGCACUUCCUCAAGCUCGUGAUGACAUUCCACGUCCACCUUUUAUACCCGAACAAGUAAUUAAUAAAUUAUCACAUGUCAUAAAAGAUCCUAAAAGACGUAAGCUUGAAAAAGAUUUAGAGAUUGAGAAUGGUGGACCCGGUGUAUACAAUAUUGAUCUUAAAAAAAAAUAUUUGCUUAAAAAUGAUGAAUGGAAGCAUGAUAAAAUUCCAGAAAUUUUGGAUGGUAAAAAUAUCGCAGAUUUUAUUGAACCAGAUAUUGAAGAAAAAUUGGAUGCAUUAGAACGCGAGGAAGAACGAUUAAUUGCUGAGGGUCAUUAUGAUUCUGAAGAAGAAAUGGAGCUCUCAGAAGAGGAGGAAAUAAAAAAGGCUGCAGAAGCAAUCAAAGAAAAAAAGAAAAUGAUUAUACAAGCUCAUAGAGCCAAUAAAAAAAUGAAAAACAAGCCUAGAAUGCCUAGAACAGCUUCCACCAAGUCAAUUGAUGAAAUGGAAGAACAAUUAGGACAACUUGGUUUAGAUACUAGUGCUGUAAGAGCAAGGAGUUUGACAAGAAAACGUAGAUUUAGUGAAACUGAUGGUGAAGAUAUUGUUAUGCGAGACGCAAGUGUAUCAAAAGAACGUUCAAGAAGUAUAACACGAGAUCGUAGUAACUCAGGAAUGUCAAAUCCCAGGCAAAAGAAAGAAAGUGAAAAACAAAAGAAAAUCUUUCAAAGAAAACCUAAUUUAAAUGCAAAAGCUAGCGAAUCUGAUAGAAGAAUACAAAUCAAAAGACCUAAACAUUUAUUUAGUUCUAAAAGUAGUAUGGGCAAAAGAGAUUGGAGAUAA